AUGUCAGAGAAUGAAAUACUACGAGGCCAAGCAUCGUCACCGCCGAUGCACCCGCUGCUGCUGGUGCUGCUGCUGUCAUCAGAGCACGUAGGGCUCACGCCGCCGCCACCACCACCACAGCGCGAAACGAACCAGGAUUCAGAUUCACUAAUGGUAUCCAAACUAUCAAGAGGCUUAAAGGGCUUGCUUUUUACCCAACUGGGCACCACAUCCGUUACCAAGAAGGGUGACGAUCUCAACGACACGAUUCCAUUAUCUGGCUACUACUCCAACGACCAAUCCACACCAAUAAAAAGUAUUAAAGUUAUCGAUAAACAGAGUUUGCAUUAUGUAAUUCUUUCUGGGAUUGCCGGUGGUGUAGCUGGCUCAGCAGCCAAGACACUCGUUGCACCGUUGGAUCGUAUCAAAAUUUUAUUUCAGACUUCAAAUCCAGAAUUUCUCAAGUACCGAGGCACAUUCCAAGGACUAGUGCGUGCUGGAAAACGAAUUUGGGCCAGCGAUGGAUUAUGGGGAUUAUACCAAGGUCAUUCAAUAACAUUGUUGCGCAUCUUCCCCUAUGCCUCAAUCAAGUUUGUUGCUUAUGAACAAAUUAGAACAAUUUUGAUUCCAAAUGACCUUUAUGAAACUGCUGGAAGACGGUUCCUUGCUGGGUCGCUUUCAGGAUUAGCUUCGGUUUUCUUCACAUAUCCUUUGGACUUGAUACGUGUACGAUUAGCAUUUGAGACGAGAAAUUUGCACCAUGCACAUCCACAACACCAACAGUUUAUGCGUAGUCAUCGAGGACGUAUUUUCCAAACUGUACGAAUUAUUUAUCAUGAGAACCCGCCAACGAGGUCUAAUGACCCGCGUUGGUUGACUGUGAUGAGAAAAGUUUUGCCAGCCAAUAUCCAACGCAUAAGUAAUUUUUACCGUGGGUUUGCACCAACAAUCAUGGGAAUGAUCCCGUAUGCGGGUGUCUCUUUUUAUGCCCACGACUUGCUUCAUGAUAUAUUACGAUCAAAACCGUUGCGCGAGUAUACAGUGCAACCGGCAACUGAUAAGUCCACUUCAACUUCGGUGAAAACUAAAUCGUCUAGAGAGUCACGCCCAUCUUUGAAAGCAUACGCCCAAUUAGUUGCAGGUGGUAUCUCGGGACUAUUCUCUCAAACUGCAGCUUACCCAUUUGAACUUAUUCGAAGAAGAAUGCAAGUUGGAGGUGCUGUUGGAGGAGGUCACUUCUUGUCGUUCAAAAACACUGCACGUUUGAUUUAUCGUGAGAGUGGAUUUAAGGGGUUUUUCAUUGGAUUGAGUAUUGGAUAUAUGAAAGUUGUACCAAUGUUUGCUUGUUCGUUCUUUGUUUACGAACGAAUGAAGAAGUUUUUGGGAAUAUAG